AUGUUCAACCCGCCUGCCCAUCCAAGACCUGUUCAAGACGGGACCGACAGCUUGCCCGACGAGGCUCACAGGUGGGCCGCUGAUCUCAGCGUCCAGAUGGAAAGAUGGAAAGCUACGGCCGAUGAGAAGUAUCACGGGCUGUCAAAGAAUCCAACAGAGCCAGCGGAUCAGUACCGACAUAGGCGCGGCGCAAAACCCAGGGCGCGGGUGCGCUUGGUUGAUAGACAGCCGCGUAUCAGACCUUCAGGAGAAAACGGUGAAUCAGAGCUAAAGGAAUGGAGACUGGGGUAA